CAUGUUGGGGGCGCGCGGCGGCCAUGGCUGCGAGCGGCCGGAGCGCGGGGGUGGCCGCGCCAGCUGCGCCGGGCACCUGCUGGAGGUGCGGCCCGGGCUGUACCUGGGCGGGGCGGCGGCCGUGGCGGAGCCGGGCCUCCUGAGGGAGGCGGGCAUCACGGCCGUGCUGGCGGUGGACUCGGAGGAGCCCGACCUCACGGCGGUAGCUGGGACCGAGGGUCUGCGGCGCCUCUUCGUGCGCGCGCUGGACGAGCCCGACACCGACCUGCUCAGCCACCUGGACCGCUGCGCGGCCUUCAUCGGCCGGGCCCGCGCCGAGGGCCGCGCCGUGCUGGUGCACUGUCAUGCAGGAGUUAGUCGAAGUGUGGCUGUAGUGACUGCUUUUAUGAUGAAGACUGACCAGCUUACCUUUGAAAAGGCCUAUGAAAGUCUCCAGAUCAUCAAACCAGAGGCUAAGAUGAAUGAGGGAUUUGAGUGGCAACUGAAAUUAUACCAAGCAAUGGGAUAUGAAGUAGAUACUUCUAGUGCAAUUUAUAAGCAAUAUCGUUUACAGAAGGUUACAGAAAAGUAUCCAGAAUUACAGAACUUACCUCAAGAACUCUUUGCUGUGGACCCAACCACCAUUUCACAGGGAUUGAAAGAUGGCAUUCUCUACAAAUGUAGAAAGUGCAGGCGAUCUUUAUUUCGAAGUUCUAGCAUUUUGGAUCAUAAUGAAGGAAGUGGUCCCAUAGCCUUUGCCCACAAGAGAGUGACACCAUCUUUCACACUCACCACAGGGAGUCAGGCUCAAUGUACAUCAUAUUUCAUUGAACCUGUGCAGUGGAUGGAAUCUGCUUUGUUGGGUGUGAUGGAUGGACAGCUUCUUUGCCCCAAAUGCAAUGCCAAGUUGGGUUCUUUCAAUUGGUAUGGUGAACAGUGCUCAUGUGGACGGUGGAUAACACCUGCUUUCCAAAUACAUAAGAAUAGAGUGGAUGAAAUGAAGAUGCUGCCAGUUUUGGGAUCACAAACUAGAAAAAUAUGAACUUGUGACAUUUUUGAUAGCUUGGAAAGCAACUUGCUGAUACUUGCUUCCAUUGCUUAUUGUCAUUCAUGGCAGUUUGUCUAGUUUAUAGGCAGUCAAUAUUUCAUUUGAUGUGACAUGGAAACUGUGCUUUGUUAUCUGUUAAUCUCUUACACUAUUUAAGUAGAAUACUUUUAUGGAAACCAAAAAUUGUAAUCAUGUAAAUUACAUUUUAUUUGAUAUUAAAAUUUUCUAUGACCCAUA